UCCUCCGUUAGCUAUCACUCACAAAGCGAAAAACCAACGGCUCUUGUGUUACAUGUACUGCGGCAGCGUGUAUUUCCUCUGUUCCCGCUGGACAGAUGCAGUGUUUUGUAGUUUUUACGAUGUUGUCACAAGGCUGAAUGAGUAGGCUAACGUUGGGUUAGCUAGCUAACGUCCACUGUGAUUGCCACUUGUUGCUAGCCUGAAGGAGCAUCAUCCACAACAAUGCCGGGCACAGCGAUUGAUUGGGAAGAGGACAGUUUGAACUGUAGCGUUUUUCUGGUCAGAUAGCUCGCUGUCUCCACGGGUUGUUAAGGCAACGAUGGCAAAGCUAGCUAUGACAAUAAUAUCGAGUGUAAAGAAAGUUCAAAAUCAGACCAGUUUGUGCGUUAAUCUGAUUAACGUUACCAGUUAGCGUUUUCCGCAGACGGAGGUAGUGCUGGUCACUAAUCGUCAGAUUUGCCGAGUCAGCCGUUUUCCGUCGCCUUCGCCGUAGACCUGUCCUGUCCCAAACUAUGGAUACAUCCAGUGAGUCGGAUUCAUACGACAGGACGCGGGUGCACAGGCCUCGGGGGCGUGAAACCCACCGCAGAGCUGGCCAGGACAGGGGCAGAGCCACUGGGAGUGGAGGUGAUGGUCGAACAGCAGACAUCUCGGAGAAGAUCAGCACACUGGCGAGCACCUUACAGGACACCAGUAGGAAUUUGACCAAAGUAGACCAGAUGCUGGGCCAUUACAGGGACCACACAGAUGAUCAGGCUGAAGCCAUGGCACUGCUCAGGGAGAACCUGGAAGAGUCAAUCAGUCAGCUACAGACACAGAGGCUGGGCAGAUCCAAUGGCGCUCGAAGUGCUUCAGCCUCAGCCUCCACGCUGCACACUAGUGACCUGGAGGCUUGCUCGGGUUCAGAUGGCCAGCGAUUCUACCCUACUUCUCCACUGAGAAACUACACAGGCACUCCAGGGAGGAGAAGGAGGUCUCAGUCUGCCAGUGUUCGCUUCAAGGAUGCCAACCUGACAGGAGAGGAUAUUCACAGUAUGCACCAAUCCUUGAGGGAUCUGUGCUGUGACCAGCAGAGACUGUCUGAUGACCUGGAUAGAGAAAUCCUCAGGAGAAAUAGGUCUGAUAUUGACACCAGGCGCGCAAUGGAGAGCCUCAUAGGGCACAUGACAACGUCCCAGAGACAGUCCUCAGUGUCGUCUCGUGUGGAGCGGCGUCUGCAGGAGCUGGAGAAAGAGAUGCAGACUGAGCAAAGUAGCGUGGGGAGGCCCGAUCAGCGGGCGGCCAUGCCCGACGAGCCCCAGGAGACUUCAGGGAGACGGCAAGUUCAAACCCAUGAGCGAGAGGAGGCCAUGACAACCAGGCUACUGAAAGCAGAGAGGGAGAAGUCCAAGGUGGAUCAGGAGCUGGAGAGAGCUAGACGAUUACUCGAACAGUCUGAGGAUAGCAGAGAGUCCCUUGUUCAACAGGUGGAGGACUUGCGCGGUGAGUUGCUGAGGACGAGGAAGGAGAAGACUGAGCUUCAGAGGUCUCGGCUGGAGACUUUUCAGCCCAUUGCUCAGCCACAUGGCAACCACACUGACAGGGAGGAAGGAAGAGGUGGACAGCGAGAGCCAGAUCAUGUGAACCUGGAAAAAGAAGUGGCGGGGCUGCGAGUGCAGCUGCGUGCGGCCUCUCUCGUCAGUGAGACUGAAGAACUGAAAAGGGCUUUGGACCGCAAGGAGAAGGAGAGGGUCCAACUCAGCUUGCAGGUGGAGGAAUUGUCAUCAGACCUGGCGCGGCGGGAGCAGCAGCAGCUACGAAUGCUGGAACAGCUGAGGGACAUACAGAGUCGAGGGCAGGCAGACAGGAGAGAGACGGAGGCAUUACUCCAGGAAAGCACGAGGACCAGAGAUGAAUUGAAGACCAGGGCCCAGGAGGCUGUGCGCCAGUGGAGGGCAAAGUGCAGGAGACUGCAGAAGGAGCUGGAGGAGGCGACGGCCCAGGCUCAGUUCCAUACCAACAAGGCGUCGCAGGCAGCUAGGGAAAAGGAGAGCUCUCAGGCCCAGCUGAAGGCGCUGAGCCAGCAGACUGAAGCAGCCCGCAGGGAGCUCGCUGAAAUCCUAGGCCGUUUGGCCCAGCGCGAAGAAGAGCUCCACCGCAAGGACGUGGAGCUGUCUGAGACCCGCCAGCGCCAGUUGUCACUGGAGCAAGAGAUCCGGGAGGUGAGGGAGACCUCAGCUGUUCUGGAGGAGGAGACCCGGCGUCAGGCCGCUGUCCAGGCAAGACUGGAGGAGGAGAAACAGAGGGUGGAAGAGCAAGCUGACAUCCAAGUCCGUCGCUGUCAGAGAGACCGGGACACACAGGCCGAGCUCCAGACCGCCCUAAAGCAGGUGACCUCAGCCCAUGCCCAGCUAGCUCUGCGGUUGGCUGAAGAGGAGAACUCCAGGAAGGAGCUCCAGAAGGGCACAUCAGAGCUGCAGGCAAAACUGGCAGCAGCACAGGAGGAGCGGGCCGCACUGGGGCAGCAACUGCAGCUUGAGAGAGAGGUGCAUCAGAAAGAACUGCACAACAUGAAGACGAUGAUGGAGGACAGCAGGACAAAGAAGGAUCGUGAAGUGCAGGACAUGCUCAAGCUCUGCCUACAGGAGCGGGAUGAAAUACAGGCACACCUGAAGGAAGUUAAGGCAAGUGCAGCAUCAGACAAGGAGCUGUGUGGGGCGCUGCGCAUCAAGUUGGACAGGAUGAAGGAUGAGUGUGAUAAACUGGCAGCACAGCUGAGCACAAAAGACGAGGCACAUGCGCUUCUUCACAGAAAACACCAGCUACUCAAACAGGAACUGGAUGACAAAGUCAGGUCAGGUGAGCGGAGACGUGCCUCAGAGUCAGAGCUUGUUAAGCUGGAGGAGAAGGUGUUGCGGUUUGAAGCAGAGCAAGAAGCAGUCCUUACCUGUAUAGGGGAGGAACUAGAUGCAGCUUGUUGCAGCCUGGCUCGGAACGGUGAAGACAAACUGCAGGCGAUCUCUCAGAAACCUGGAUUAGUGAAAGACCCCCACCGCUGGCUAGCUGAAACAAAGACCAAGCUCCGCUGGCUGUGUGAGGAGGUGCGUGAGGGCAGCACAAGAGAACAGCGGCUAAGGAAGCAGCAUCAACGGACCAGGGAUCAUUUGAAGGCACUCAGGCAGAGCCGGGACUCAGAGCAGACGGCUCUCCUGCAGCGCCUGGACCAACAGGAGAAGCUGCUGCACUCCCUCAGCACUGAAAAGAGAGAGCUGUUGGAGAGGAGUCACAGGAAGGAGGAGGAAAUGAGGAGCCUUCAGGACCGCGUGUUGGAUCUGGAGAUGAACACAAGAGUCGCUCUGGACCACUUGGAGGCAAUUCCAGAGAAACAGUGUCUGAUGGAGAACUUCAAAGAUUUAGAGGAGUCACAGCGGCAGAGGGAGAUGGUGGAGCAGCGCUACACCAAAUACAAAGAAAUCGUCUGGGACCUACAGCACCAACUGGACGAGUCCAAGCGCAGAAUCCAAGAAUGCAGAGACGAGAAGCUGGACGCCACUUCCAGGAGCGUAAGACUGGCUGCUCUUUCUUCCUCCAUCAAAGGCACCAGCACAUUCCUCAGCAGCUCGCUGCGAUCUGACACACCGUCUCCUCACAAACGCCUGACCAGUUCAGACUUCGAUGAGUCCACAGUCAACGGGGCCAAACCGCCGUCAGAUUAGCUUGACCUCAAGUGAACCUUUUAUCUGUAUCUCCACAAACCCAAACACGUGGUGCUUACAGCUGCUUCUACCUGCCUGGUGCUCAAGCAGAACAAAGAACAACUGGACUGUACCAGGAGGCCUUGAACUCAACACUAAUCCUCCUCGACUACCUCAACCAGGCAAUCAGUGCAGGUGCUCAAGAGCAGGAGGGUAAGACUGUGAGGCUUCACAGCUAACUUUGAGAAAUACUUUGGAAGAGAAGAUGUAGGUGUGGACACUGGAAAGGAGGAUAUACUGUAAGUGUUUAAAUGUUAUUUAUAAGAAUCUGAAUUGAAUGUAUUUACUGGAUUUGAAAAAGGUUUAAACCAAAAUAGUUUCUCUGGAACAAUUUUAACAGCUCAACAGCGUUUUAAAUAUUUUUGACCUUAUUACCAAUCUGUAUGCUUAUUAUAAUACCUAUUAUGACGUGUUUGUGCAAAAAUGAUUUCAUAUAACUCUACUGGUGCCUUUUGAACAAUAUGCAGUUUUGUUUUUUACUGAUAUACCACGAUGUCUUCAUCAUGAAAAUGUGACACAUCUUUUGUUUUUCCGUGUUUUAAAUGUAUUGACCGUUUUCUUCUUUUUGUUACACUUUAUAUUUGUAAAAACAAACAAAAAGCACAAAUCUAUUUUUAGGAAAUAUGAAGGAAGUGUAAGCACUGAAUAA